CCUGGCCCGCUGGCCCGCGGGCAGCUGCGUGGAGCCUGCCGGGAGGUACAUGUAGUGAGCUGGCGCUGUCCCGCUGUCCCCGGGCUCUCCGUUGUCUCCAGCACGCAGCAGGCAGUGACAUCCCCAGAGGACACUGUGUCCCCUCCUGCCCCCACCUCUGGCUGAUGCAACCUGGCUGGAUAUCCGCCCCACGUUGGUGGUGGAGAUUGGGACUAGAAGCGGGCUGGACUAUGCUCCCUCGCCACUCAGUUCUCCUAAAACCUCUCAUCCUUUGCCAUCUCUCCGCAUCCUCCAUCUCCCUCCUCUCGCCUCUCCCAACCCUUCGGGGUCUCGGGACUCCAAUCACCCACCCCCUCCCACGUCUACUCACUUAUCGGGCCUGGACUGAAAGGACGUCUCCGUGAGCCAGUUCCCAGAUCCCCAGCUGUGCGUCUCUGGGUCCAGUCGCAGCUGCUGGGAUGGACCAGUCUGGGGCCAUUCAGGAGACCCUGGCCCAGGGUGAACACUGCAUUAUUGCGGUACAGGGUGUAGUCUGUGCUGGGGAUAGUCUACAAAGCCGCCUCUUGGGCUUGGUCAAAUGUGGCCUGGAGUAUGCCCUCUUCCUGUACUGUCAUCGAAGAAUGGCGAUCACUGGCGAGGAUGUGUCCCUGGACAAAGUGGUGCCCAUCACCAGGAAUUUUACAGUGGAAGAAGUAUCUCCUGACUGUGACCUCCAUUUCCUGGGCUCUGAUGUGACUGUCUGGAUAGAGUCUGAAGAGAUCAGCCUCACUGUUCGGCUCCCCUUUGGCUCUCAUACCAGAAUGUUCCUUCAGGAAGUCAUCAGAUGCUACCCAGGCUCUGGAGUCCCAGAUCCCCAGUUUCGGUGGCUGAACCGAUACCGGAGCGCAAGUCUGGAAGAACAGCAGUCGCAGCAGCCGCAGCAGUCGCAGCAGCCGCAGCAGCCGCAGCAGCCCGUGCUUGCAGACGCAGGUAUUCCAGAGGCUGACGAACUGAAGCCAAAUGGGAAAGGAGUGCUGGGAGAGCAAAGCUCUUGGAGUUUUGAGAAACCUGAAACUACAUCCACCAGGCUGAAUAAAUCCAAGCCUGAAAUUACCAGCCACAUGGUGCGGUCUUCCACUGUGACUGUUUCAGACAAAGCUCAUAUCUUAUCCAUGCAGAAGUUUGGGCUCCGAGACACAAUUGUGAAAUCACAGCUGGUACAGAAGGAAGAGACUUACACUUACAUCCAGAACUUCAGGUUCUUUGUGGGAACAUACAAUGUGAAUGGCCAGUCCCCCAAAGAAUGCCUCCGGCCUUGGCUAAGCCAGGAUAUUCAGCCUCCAGAUGUAUAUUGCAUAGGGUUCCAAGAAUUAGAUCUGAGUAAAGAAGCCUUUUUCUUCAAUGAUACCCCAAAGGAGGAUGAGUGGUUUAAAGCUGUAACUGAGGGUCUUCAUCCUGAUGCCAAAUAUGCAAAAAUAAAGCUUGUCCGAUUAGUUGGGAUCAUGCUGCUCCUUUAUGUCAAGCAAGAGCAUGCAAUGCAUAUCUCAGAAGUUGAAGCUGAAACAGUGGGGACAGGAAUCAUGGGCAGGAUGGGUAAUAAAGGAGGAGUGGCAAUCCGAUUCAGAUUUCACAAUACAAGCAUCUGCAUUGUGAAUUCCCAUCUGGCAGCUCACACUGAGGAGUAUGAGAGGAGGAACCAAGACUACAAAGACAUUUGUUCCCGAAUGCAGUUCUGUCAGGUCGAUCCAAAUCUCCCACCUCUCACCAUUAGCAAGCAUGAUGUGAUCCUGUGGCUGGGGGACCUCAACUACAGAAUAGAAGAGCUGGAUGUGGAAAGAGUGAAAAAACUCAUCGAGGAGAAGGCAUUUCAAACCCUGUUCACAUACGAUCAGCUAAACAUUCAAGUAGCUGCAAAAGCUGUCUUCCAAGGCUUCACAGAGGGAGAGUUAUCUUUCCAGCCUACCUACAAGUAUGACACUGGCUCUGAUGAUUGGGAUACCAGUGAAAAGUGCCGAGCUCCUGCCUGGUGUGACCGGAUCCUGUGGAAGGGAAAGAACAUUACUCAGCUGAGUUACCAAAACCAUAUGGCUCUAAAGACAAGUGACCACAAGCCAGUUAGUGCAGUGUUUGACAUUGGGGUAAGAGUAGUAAAUGAAGAGUUAUACCGGAAGACCCUGGAAGAGAUUGUUCGGUCACUGGAUAAAAUGGAGAAUGCCAACAUCCCAUCAGUGACUCUGUCCAAACGAGAGUUCUGCUUCCAGAAUGUGAAGUACAUGCAGUUGCAGGUUGAGUCUUUCAUGAUUUAUAAUGGGCAAGUGCCCUGCCAGUUUGAAUUCAUCAACAAACCUGAUGAAAAUUCCUACUGUAAGCAGUGGCUGAAUGCCAAUCCCAGCAAAGGAUUCCUUCUACCUGAUUCUGCCAUUGAGAUUGAAUUGGAACUGUUUGUUAAUAAAACCACUGCUACAAAGCUCAAUUCAGGGGAGGACCAAAUUGAAGAUAUUCUGGUUUUGCACUUGGACAGGGGGAAGGAUUACUUUUUAUCUGUGUCUGGGAACUAUCUGCCUAGCUGUUUUGGUUCUCCCCUCCAUACUCUAUGUUACAUGCGAGAGCCCAUCCAGGACUUGACCCCUGAAACCAUUCAAGAACUGACCUUAAUGCCAUUGCAGACAGAAGAUGAUGGCACCCGGGAAGAAAAGCCUCUCAAAAUCCCCAAAGAACUCUGGAUGAUGGUUGAUCACUUGUAUAGAAAUGCUUCUCAACAGGAAGAUCUGUUUCAGCAGCCAGGCCUGAGGUCAGAGUUUGAACAGAUUCGUGACUGUUUGGACACUGGAAUGCUUGAUACUCUCUCUGGGAGCAAUCACUCUGUGGCUGAGGCCCUGCUGCUUUUCCUGGAGAGUUUGCCUGAGCCCGUCAUCUGUUACAACUUCUAUGAUACUUGUUUGGAGUGUUCGAGCAACUACCCAUUAAGUAAACAGAUCAUCUCUACUCUUCCAACUUGCCACAAAAAUGUCUUUAAUUAUUUGAUGGCAUUUCUGAGAGAAUUGCUGAACAAUUCAGGGAAGAACCAUUUGGAUGAGAAAAUUUUAGCUAGCACAUUUGGCAGCUUGCUUCUCCGUUCUCCAGCCGGUCACCAAAAGCCAGAUGUGGCAGAGAAGAAGAAGGCUCAGGACUUCAUCCAGCAGUUCCUUGUAUGAAGAUUCAGCAUAUCCUGAAGCCUUACUACAGCUGUCCUCCCUGUUGCUCACUGCUCACUGCUGGCAGCCAGUCUUUCCCAGAUAUUUCAAUUCAAUGGCCCCCUUGGACUGUGUGCCAUGAGUUGUCUUGGGAGCUAGGAUACCUGGCUGAUUUGAGCACAGCUUCAAUUUUUAGCCUUCAUUGUCAAUACACACACACACACACACACACACACAUACACACACACACACACACUGCUUUGAGCUAAAAAGAACAUUGGGUAUCACAGUUUGAGGACAAUUAGCCAGUAGAACUGAUAUUCAAUGUUCAAGCAUUUAUUUAAUACACAUAGUUCUUACCAUUUCCUUUUUUUUUUUUUUAAAGAGGAAAACCCCAAAUAAAUACUAUAUUAGUUUCUUGUGUUCACCUAAGCUAUAUGUGUAGCUUGGACUGGGCUCACCAUGAUCAGAUGUUAUUUUAUCAAACACUCUGGAGUCCUGGGAAAGCAAGCAUACAGAUGAGUCAUCAGGUCUGAAGGUGCUAGCCAAGCUACAAGGGCUUCUUCCAGAGCUUGAUUUGAGAACCUAUUCUCUUGAAUGAACUCAGGCAUCCUUGGAAGAGGAUACAAAAAGGGCCUGGCCAAAGAACCUUUGCAAGCAACAUAAGGACUUCAAGAUUCAAAUGACGUGGCAAGAUGAAAGCAAGUGGGAUUUUUCUCAGCUUGCUCAUCUCCCACACUGUAGAUACUGCACCUUUCUAAUAAGUGUAAUAUAUUUUGAUGAUAAAUGUAUUUUUAACAGUG